AUGCCUGCCGGCGCACUCCGCCUUCUCGCCCUUGAUGGCGGCGGCGUGCGCGGCCUGUCCUCGCUCAUGAUCCUCCGCAGGCUCAUGGCCGCCGUCGACCCCGACGCCCCGCCGAGCCCCUGCGACUACUUCGACAUGAUCGGCGGCACCAGCACCGGCGGCCUGAUUGCCAUCAUGCUGGGCCGCCUGCGCAUGACCGUCGACGAGUGUAUCAACGCCUACACCGCGCUGUCCGACAGGGUCUUCGAGAAAAAGAGCCACCGUGUAAACAUCAAAGGCAAGCUCCAGGGGCGGUUCGAUAGCGCCGAGCUAGAGCGCGCCGUCAAGACUAUUCUACUCGAUCGUGGCCUUGCCGAGGAUACACUACUUAAGGAUCCUGAUUCUCCUUGCAAAGUCUUCGUCUGCGCCACAAGCAAAGAGACUGGCGAUACUGUCUGCCUGGCCAACUACCGCUCCCCGCGCAGCGACAACUCCGACCUCCUCAGCGCUACCACGAUUUGGCAGGCCUGCCGCGCGACAUCGGCCGCGACAACCUUCUUCGACCCGAUCGCCAUCGGACCCUUUAACGAACAGUUCGUCGACGGAGCACUCGGCGCGAACAAUCCUGUCUACGCGCUGUGGAACCAGGCCCAGGACGUGUGGGGCGAUCAGCUGCGGGGCAGUCUCAAAUGCCUCGUGUCCAUCGGCACGGGCCUGCCCACCCUACGGCCUGUGCGCGACGACGUCCUCGGAAUCUGGGCCACGCUAAAAGAUCUUACGACGGAAACGGAGAAGACAGCACAGCAAUUCCAUCGCGACAAGUCGCACCUCGACGAUGAAGGACGCUAUUAUCGGUUCAACGUGGACCGCGGGCUCGAGGAGAUCGGGCUCGAGGAGUCGAAGAGGAAGACGGAGAUUGCGGCUGCGACGCGACGCUACGUCGAAUCGCAGGCUGUCUUUAAGCAGAUGAAGGCAUGUGCGAACAAUAUCGCCGGACGAGAGUCCCGACCGUUAGCUAUCGCAGAGCUCGAAGAGUGCCUUCUCCCGCGACGUCGCUCACGAAAAAACCAGCGACGAAUAUUCGUCCUAUACGGACUCGGUGGGAUCGGGAAGACACAGCUGGCGGCCGACUUCGCUCGACGGUACCAGGCCGUCUUCAGCUCCGUCUUCUGGCUGGAUGGCCGAUCGGAGGACCGGCUGAGGCAGAGCCUUGCUAGCUGUGCAGCCAGGAUACCGGAAGGCCAGGUUUCCCAGAGGAGUAGGAACGCUGUGUUGCAUAGCGAGGAGGAUCUCAAGGCUGUGGUGGCGGACGUGUUGGACUGGCUCGCGCGACCGGAUAACAGGGAUUGGCUCCUUAUCUUCGACAACGUUGACCAAGACGUCGAUCAGGGCGGCGAGACGGGCGCCUACGAUGUCCGGCGGUAUCUGCCCGGCGACCAUGGGUCGGUGCUGAUCACGACACGACUGUCGCGGCUGGCGCAGCUAGGUGAGUCGACGCUGCUGAGAGGGGUCGACGAACAACUGGCAAAGGCUAUUUUCCAGCGGUGGCGCGGGGCAGAAGGAGCUAUGGACGAGGCCGGUAGGGAGCUGCUCGGUCUGCUCGACGGGCUUCCGCUUGCGCUGGCACAGGCUGCCUCAUAUAUCCGCGAGACCGGGCUCGAUACCGCGUCGUAUGUUCGGCUCUACAAGCAGCAGUGGGACGAUCUGAUGGGAUCGGACGGGGAGUCGGGCCCGCCGCUGGUGGAUUACGAACAAGGAAGCGUCGCGACAACGUGGACGGUAUCGUUCAAGGUGGUUGAGGCACAGAACAAGAACGCCGCGAACCUGCUCCGUCUCUGGGCCUUUGUCGACGGCAGAGACCUUUGGCACGGCCUACUGCAGGCGGCUGUCGAUGGCGGAGAGCAGUGGCCUGGAUGGCUGUGUGACGUCGCAGGCAACGAGGUCCGGUACUUGGACGCGGUCCGACUGCUGCUCCGGUACUCGAUGAUCGAGUCUCAGGAAUCCGUGCAGGGGAGCCAUAUGAUGCAUCCGGUGGUGCAUAGAUGGGCGUCGCAUAUACAGGAUGGCGCUGGGAAAAGAGAGGUCCUGCGGCUGGCGGUAAUGAUAGUUGGGUUAUCGGUGCCCAGCAGCACGAGCAAGGAGUACUGGGUGGUCCAGCGGCGGCUCCUCCCACAUACGGAAAGGUGCUCAUGGUGGAUAGGGGAGAUAUAUAAGGCGGGACGGAGCUUUGACGAUACAAGGGCGACAGACGCAGUGCAUAUGUUGGGCAACCUCUACGCGUAUCAAGGCCGGCUGACGGAGGCCGAGUCGAUGUAUCAGCGGGCGCUAGAAGGCAAGGAGAAGGCGCUCGGACGGGACCACACAUCGACUCUCGAUACGGUCAACAACUUGGGUAUCCUCUACAGAGAUCAAGGCCGGCUGACGGAGGCCGAGUCGAUGUAUCAGCGGGCGCUAGAAGGCUACGAGAAGGCGCUCGGACGGGACCACACAUCGACUCUCGAUACGGUCAACAACUUGGGUAUCCUCUACAGAGAUCAAGGCCGGCUGACGGAGGCCGAGUCGAUGUAUCAGCGGGCGCUAGAAGGCAAGGAGAAGGCGCUCGGACGGGACCACACAUCGACUCUCGAUACGGUCAACAACUUGGGUAUCCUCUACAGAGAUCAAGGCCGGCUGACGGAGGCCGAGUCGAUGUAUCAGCGGGCGCUAGAAGGCUACGAGAAGGCGCUCGGACGGGACCACAUAUCGACUCUCGAUACGGUCAGCAACUUGGGUAUCCUCUAUAGGAAUCAAGGCCGGCUGACGGAGGCCGAGUCGAUGUAUCAGCGGGCGCUGGAAGGCUACAAGAAGGCGCUCGGACGGGACCACACAUCGACUCUCAAUACGGUCAACAACUUGGGCAACCUCUACAGAGAUCAAGGCCGGCUGACGGAGGCCGAGUCGAUGUAUCAGCGGGCGCUAGAAGGCAAGGAGAAGGCGCUCGGACGGGACCACACAUCGACUCUCGAUACGGUCAACAACUUGGGUAUCCUCUACAGAGAUCAAGGCCGGCUGACGGAGGCCGAGUCGAUGUAUCAGCGGGCGCUAGAAGGCAAGGAGAAGGCGCUCGGACGGGACCACACAUCGACUCUCGAUACGGUCAACAACUUGGGUAUCCUCUAUAGGAAUCAAGGCCGGCUGACGGAGGCCGAGUCGAUGUAUCAGCGGGCGCUAGAAGGCAAGGAGAAGGCGCUCGGACGGGACCACACAUCGACUCUCGAUACGGUCAACAACUUGGGUAUCCUCUACAGAGAUCAAGGCCGGCUGACGGAGGCCGAGUCGAUGUAUCAGCGGGCGCUAGAAGGCAAGGAGAAGGCGCUCGGACGGGACCACAUAUCGACUCUCGAUACGGUCAGCAACUUGGGUAUCCUCUAUAGGAAUCAAGGCCGGCUGACGGAGGCCGAGUCGAUGUAUCAGCGGGCGCUAGAAGGCAAGGAGAAGGCGCUCGGACGGGACCACACAUCGACUCUCAAUACGGUCAACAACUUGGGCAACCUCUACAGAGAUCAAGGCCGGCUGACGGAGGCCGAGUCGAUGUAUCAGCGGGCGCUAGAAGGCAAGGAGAAGGCGCUCGGACGGGACCACACAUCGACUCUCGAUACGGUCAACAACUUGGGUAUCCUCUACAGAGAUCAAGGCCGGCUGACGGAGGCCGAGUCGAUGUAUCAGCGGGCGCUAGAAGGCAAGGAGAAGGCGCUCGGACGGGACCACACAUCGACUCUCGAUACGGUCAACAACUUGGGUAUCCUCUACAGAGAUCAAGGCCGGCUGACGGAGGCCGAGUCGAUGUAUCAGCGGGCGCUAGAAGGCUACGAGAAGGCGCUCGGACGGGACCACAUAUCGACUCUCGAUACGGUCAGCAACUUGGGUAUCCUCUAUAGGAAUCAAGGCCGGCUGACGGAGGCCGAGUCGAUGUAUCAGCGGGCGCUGUCUGGGUUCCAGGUAGCCUUAGGGCCGUCUCAUUGGAAAACUCAAAGUGUUAUGCGGAAUUUGGAUGUGUUGCCGUAUGCCAAAGGUCCGUCGGCUAUAACCGAGCCACCACCGCCGAAAGCUAAGGUGAAAAUACUGGAGAAAUUGCGGGUUAAAUUUCGCGGGUUUCCUAAGGAGCGAAGGCGUCCGCUGAGUUGA